AUGAUUGAAAACACACAGAUAAAGAUUGAUGUGGAGAGUCAUUUUAACGAAGGUUCAACCAUUCGACGUAGCAUAUUCUAUACCGAAUUGUCCCCAUCGAUCGACUUUUCUAACAACGCUUUCCAAUUUGAACUUGAUUAUGCUAUGAUUGUUUCAAACAAGGAAGAGGUUCAUGCAAAUUUGAUAUACAAUGAUAAUUUGAACCCGUCCAUUCGUUCUUUCAAAUCGAUCGUCAAGAGGAUUGAAAACUUUUCGAAUAAUGAUGAUAUCCAGAACUUAGGCUGCUCCUUGAUUUUACAUUCGCAUCAUAGGAACCUUUCGAGAAACCUUUGUAUUAAAAUUCGAGCAGCUGAAUUUGUAAAGAUUGUGGCAAUUGAAAAUACCGGAAAGAAAGUGGGUUUUACUUAUACUUAA